ACUUCGAACGUCAUUACGGUUCUACGGAAAAUGCACUUUCCCCCGCGAGGCAGGAACGUAAAGGAAGUAAAGGAACGUGGGAGCGGCCACACGCCAGCGCCGAACACGUGUCGUUGUGUUCCCGCGUUAUGAAGUCCCCAGAACAAAAAAGCACAGUUUGGUUCAAAACAACAGCGCAACGGUCCGAUGACUUCGUAACCGUAGCGCACUUUCUUUCCCCUGCCCUCCAGAGAGGCCUAAGCCGCUCAGCCCGUCUGGGCGCGCGUUAGCAUUGUGACCUAGGGAGGUGUUACUCGGAAGGCAACGCGCCGGCCCGCUGCAAAACGACGUAGCUGGAGAGCGGGUGUUUGUGCAGGGAGGGGGACGGAGGGAGGGGGCUGCCGGAGCCUGCGCGGGAAGGGAGCGGCCAGGCCCUCCAGCGAGCGCCGCCGGCGUUUGGGAGCAAGCUGGCAGGAGGGGGCCCGCUGGAAGGGCGGCGGCGGUGGCAGCUGCUCGGCUCCCGCCAUGGGGGUGACCGUGGAGGCGCGCAAGGUUUACAGAUACCCCUUCGAGCAGGUAGUGGCCAGCUAUCUCCGCAAGGUAAAGAAGGGGAGCUCCUUUUCAUUCUUUCUUUCCCCUUUCCCGAAGCUGUGUGUCAGGCCCCGUUUCCUUGGGCUCAAGGGGGUUCAUUCACAAGUGUGUGGGGAGGGGGGGAGAGGAUAAGGAGGAGAAAUGGCGGCAACGGUGCGCCCCAGCCCAACCUUCAUAUUGAAUACUCUCCACGCACGCCCUCUCCAGUCUGGCAAAACUAUUUGGAAGUGUUUUCCAGCCUCCGAUUUUCUCUUUGGUUGACAGCAGAGCCCCGACUUCAGUGUCCCCUUGCAGUAACACGCGGUGAGGCCGAGCCUUUGGGGUAUUUUGGGGGUGCGUGUUGCGUCGCGGGUGGGGGCCGUGCUAUCUAACCCAGCUGCCAUCCGCCUGGCUGAGACAGAGGCUCUCCGUGUUUAUCGGAUGGGGGUGUGAACGCGCCUCUGGAUCUCUCCUUCCCACUGCUGCCUUUCGCACGUGCUCUCUCUCCGGCACGUUUUUCGCCCUGGCGUUUGCUGGUGGGCGCUGCUGCUUUCUCGCUUAGUUCUCACGAAAGUGCUACUUCGUCAGAACUUAUAAAUACCAAGGCCCACUCCUUUGAGACAAGGUUUUUUGUGUCUGGCAGGGUGUACUCAGGAUUUUUAUUGAGGGGAGGUCUUUUGUUUUUUCGAGGGGGGGGGCAGAACCUCAGUUAACUAUGUAUAUUUAUGUAUUUUUAUUGAUGGGGGGGCAGUUGCCCCUUCCCCCCAGCUACACCCAUGGUGUCUUGUAUACUUUCCAAAGUGCAUGUCUUCAUCUCCUUGGUGGAACAGCCAGGAUGAAUUCAGAAUCAGCAUUCAAGAUGCCCUUCACAGAUUGGAGAACUGGGCCAAAACUAACAAGGAAUGUUAAUAGGAGCAAAUGUAAGGUUCUGCGCUUAGGCAGGAGGAACCAGCUGCUCAAAUGUAAGAUGGGGUACACAUGGCUUACUGGUAAUACACGUGCAAAGGAUCUAGGGGUCUUAGUGGACCACAAACUAAACAUGAGAUUUCAACUAAAUAUCAGGAAGAACUUUUUGGCAGUAAGAGCCAACUGGAAUGGACUCCCUUGGAAGGUGGCGAACUCUCCUUCCUAGGGUGUUUUUAAGCAGAGGUUGGAUAGCCAUUUGCCACUGAUGCCUUAGCUGAGAUUCUUGCAUUGCAGGGGGUUGGACUAGAUUGCCCUUGGGGUUCCUUGCAGCUCUACAACUAUGAUUUUAUGCUCAUCCAAAUACCCUUAAAGGGAAGCCACACAUGUGAUGUAUCAACAGCAAUCAAAUAUCGGAGUUACAAAAGCAUGGAUGAUGGUCCCCAAAUCUUAGUACUGUACUGCAACUUGUAUGGUUUUAUGCUGGUUUUACGCAGACUUUUGUACUGGUGAUACUUUCAUAUUGAUUGUAUUUAGUUGUUAAUUGCAUCUGUGUUUUAUUGUUUUUAAUUUGCGAACUGCCCAGGGGACAUGGUUAAUUAGGCGGUAUAUAAAUGCCACAAAUAUCUAAAUAAAUAAAGCAAUGAAAAUAUGGAGCUGAUAAAAUGCACUUGUGCCUUUGGCUAUAAUCUGGCAGCAGGCCAUGGCCCAAGAGAAUGCUAGCCUGUAAAAAAUUAUUCACAAAGGGGAGCAAAUAAUAUCCAUGCAUCUUGUGCGGAGUGCAGACCCUGUCCGGCUUCAUCUACCUGCCACAGGUGGCCAAACAUGGUUGCAGAAGUAGCUGUUGUGUAAUAGGGCAUAAUGAUACCCAAGCCUGUAUUCUUGUUCAUAUUUUGGGGGUAAGGUUUAUCCCCAAAGGUUUAUGUUAUUGUAGUCAAUUAACAUUCUUCUGUCUUUCUGAUGUAUUUUAUAUUUUGUUUCCUGUAUGCUUUUACAGAUGUAAGUCACAUUGAGAUGUAGGUCACUUUUUUGUUGUUGCAAGUGAUGAAUAUGUGCCAUCAAUACUGCUACUACUAAUUAAUACUGAUGUGGUUAGGAUCACAUAGUUAGCUAUGGCAUUCACAUCUGGUUCUGGUUUGAAACCUUGGCUCAAAUGAAACCCUUAUCUUGGGUUACUUAAAAACAAGAAUGCCAGAGGUGGGAUCUGAAAAUGACUUAUUUUUUUGUAUUUCCAAAGUGGGAUUAUUGGAGCUCACAUUUGGAAGCAAGCAAGCCCUAUUGAAAUUAAUGAGUUUAUUUUUAAGAAGGAAUGCACAGGGUCAUAUAUUAAUGUGCUGCUUUUGUCAAACUGUUUUGCUACCAUUUAAUAACGUGAUACCAUUAGUACAAAGGAGUCCAGGCCAGUGAACACAUUGCCUUCAGCUCCCAGAGGAAACCUCAGUGGCCUUGCAUGAACGGUUGGGGCAGCCUUACCUCAACCAUUCCUGGGGAUGCUUAAGACUUAGGUGCCCCAAGGAAAAGCAGAAGAGAGGAAUCGGAGGCAGGAAGCUAGUGCCAUCCGCUUCUGAAGUUGGCCUGAGAAUAUUUUGUAUCAUUUGUGUGUUAAUGUUUUGAACUGUAAACAGCCUUGGAUGCCUUGGCAAUUAAGGUGGUCUAUAAAUGCAAUAAAUAAAUAAUAAAAUGAAUACUGUACUGUUAUGUUACUGUUUAUUGAUACAUUGUGUAACUAUAUUGAUAAGAUGUAACUAUAAAGGCACAGUUCUUUGCACUGUCCUCUUAAGAUUGAAACAGACUGCAGGAUGUGCGAGAAACAUCUGUAUUCCCCUAUUUAACUGCAACCAGUCCUGAGGAUAGAGUGGCUGCAAACCCCCGUCCUGGCUGGGUAGUGGUUGCAGCCCCUCGUGCUGCCACCAUGCCCAGGCAGCCAAAACGUGCAGGGGCAGCUGGGGGUUAAUGUCCACUCCUGGCUGGCUUCAUCACAGGACAGGAUUGCCCACCAAACAGUGUUAGAAACUGAGAUAUGAAAGCCAAAAGCUAAACCUAUGAAAAAAAGACAGUCACGGAACCAAGAAAUUACACAAAACAAAAGAAUUGCUGUGAAAAUCCCUGAAACGAGAAGUAAUCAACUAUAGAAUUGAAUUAAAUAACAAAAAUCAAAAAAUUUAAGGAAAAAUUAACCUAAAAUUAAACAAAGACUUAACGAGAUGCCGGCUACAAAACUCGUUUCACUGAACUAAUCAGUUUCCUCAGAAGGAAAUAAAGAAAUUCUAAACCUUAAAUGAUUUUAAGUGACAUCAAACAAGUUUCACUUUUUUAUAACAAGAAUAGAAAGCUGAAAAUGAAUGAACUGCAGCUAUGUUCAUUUUUCACUUGGUCUAGUCUUUCCUCUGCCCACCCCCAUAAUAUUCUUUGGAGGGUCUCCAGUCUUCAGAGAGUGGCUGGAAGUGGGGAGGCAGAGAAAGGUCCUCCUUUUCUUCCCCUCUGCAGUUUUAAUCUGAAACCUUAGACGCAGUACUGCACCCAGAGCUCAGAAACUGCUCCCGUCAAUGAAAUUCUCUGUCACAAAAUGCGCCCAGAAUAAUGAGCAUUUUAAACACUGCCGCCAAAUGCCUAUGUUCAAACUAACCAAAAAAAUGUUUCAGGUAUGCCAAAAUGGUAUGUGUGUUAUGCAUUCAAAUAAUUUAGGGCAUGCAUGCACUCCUCACUAGAGCUCCAUCAGUUCACAAGUCAUUACUGAUGUAUCAUAAAUGAAAAAUGGGUGUCAUCAACAUACUGGGGGAAUUAUCUUGAGUGCAAGUAAUAUAAGACUGUCUUUCCCAAGCCUUUGGUGCUGGUUGUGGAGCUUUAGGGGGAAGCAAAGUCUUUAUGGUGUGUGGUUUUUAGAUGACAAAAACUAGAGGGAGAGACCUUUAUUAUUUUUACCUUUCCCAAACCUCCUAAAUAAGAGAUAAGGCACUGCCUCUACCUUGGGACUCAAGGGAGUAGCAAGUAUUUCUCUUGUUUCUUUUAAAUAAAUAAUAGAAUUACAGAGCUGCAAGAGAACUUGAUCAGUCGCCUGCUCAAUGCAUGGUGGGACAGCAGUGUCCCAGACAGAUGACUCCACACCCUUUACAUAAAUUCCUCCAGGGAUGGAGAAGCUCUUUCUGUUUCUUCUCUAAAGUGCACCACAGGCUGGGCCUUACUAUCUCAUUUGGCCUUGAGGUUUGGGGAAGGUAAAACACAUCAGGAGUUUUCUCUGUGUCUUUUUUACUUCUUCAUAACCCCGUUACAAGUGGUAGAGAUCCCAGCCUCUCCUCGAAGCUUCAAGCUCACACAGAAGAACACUAGAUUGACUCUUGGGGGCAAGCUUGAUGUUACACACAGAUGCCUAAUUCUCGCCUACCAAUCUUUUGAAAUGAAAAAGGAGCCUUAGGGAGUUGCCAUCUUCCUUUUGAGCGCUUCCCCUUACAUGCUGGUCUUACCUGAUAGCACAUGGUUAGAAAGGUCUGUUUUCAUUUAAGAAAAAAAGAGAGGUUACAUGCAUCUGUGUUUGAUGUUUGGCUUUGGUGUUCAAUUCCUGUGUGUAUUUUCCUAUUCUUUUAUUGUUAAUCUGAAUAGAAGUAUAGAAACUGUUUAAUUAUAGAUGUUCAUAAUAUGGUGACUUUAUUGCCCUCUAGCUGUGGCUUUUGAGAAAUGAAACUGAAGUUUAAAAGUACGUAAUUGCUAUUUCUUUGCCAGUUUUUUAACCGGCAUGCUAAGGUCAGAUGACCCUGCUCAAUACUAUCUCUCCUCUGCUCAAGGAGUACAAAAGAACAACUUUUUGAGCAACCCAGUACUUUUCAUUCAGUGGAAUGACUUCACUGGCAGGCUUGUAGUUUUUGCACCAUGCUUUCUUUUCCUACUUUCUGUUGAUGCUGAAUGUAAGAGAAUGGAGAGGCACUGCCAUUGAGGUGUUCUUCCACCUUAUAUCUAGCAAUGUAAGCUUUAUUGCAAACUCUUCUGUUACCAGUUUCAUUUUUAUCUAGUUUUGCUCCUCAGCACAUGCAUUUCUCUUGUAAUUAAUGUGACCCCCAUCUUUACAGAUCACCAUUGCAUCUAGUAACAGUGCAAUUUUUGCCCAGUGCAAUUCUUCAUGUGUGUAUUUUGCUUUUUAAUUUAAUCUAAAUCUUUGUGUGAGGUAUUGAGUCGGACAAUUCCUAUUAUAGUAGUUUGGGUCAUGCCUUUCCACUGUAAGCUGCAAACCUGCUCAGUCAAAAUAAAUGAAGUGGUUAUUGUUGGGUUUUUUUUUAAAAAAAGACUGAUUUCACCCUUUGAUUCAGAAUUGUCCAGGAUUUGUAAAUGCUAUGUAUGUCAGCUGAUUUCAUGCAGUAUGCCGCUGUUGCCUACACCAGAUAGGUCAUUUAUUUCUGCAUGAUCUGUUGUUGUUGUUGGGCAUACAUUUAAUUGUUCUUUCUCUAGUGAUGGUCAGUUUCCUUGGUUCAUUUGGGUUGUUGCUUGCAACCCUGAGAUGGUGUUGGCUCUACUACUCCAGUCCAGUAUACUGACAAAUCUUUUUCCUUUUCCACUGCCUAAAUACUUAGUAAAAGUCCUUCUCAUUUUCACUAGGAUGCAGCUGUGGUGUGACCAUUCUAUCAUUUUGCAUUUUCUGCCUCUGACAGCAGCAAAAUAUUAGUUUGGAUUAUUCGUUUUCUAAAAAACCACAAACACUGAAGAUGAAUCUAGGCAGGCAUCAUACAUAAGAAAAUAAAAAUCGAGAAAUCCAUAGUUGGAUAAUACCUUUAUUAGGACCAAACAGAAAAUGUGCCAAGCUGUUAUCCAAGAUGCAUGAUAGAGAAAGGACUAUGGUUCACCUGAAGCAUGCUUCAGGUGGCAAAAAAAGAAGGUUCACUUGGCAUUUGAUUCAGAGGCUGUAUGUGUGUGUUUGAGGAGUAGAUGCAAGGGAAAAUAGCAUUUACUCCACAGCAGUAAAAACUGAACUUCUGUGUGCAAUAUGUAUCUGUAAAUAGCCUGAGAGGUAUGAUUGUGUGGGAAGGCUAUCACUCCAUAACUGAACAUUUUGACUUGAUCUUGAACACCAGAUUGCACUGAGACAGACCUGUAGUUUUAAACUUAAAGGUAACUAGGUAAAGGUAAGGUAAAGGGAUCCCUAACCAUUAGGUCCAGUUGUGGACGACUCUGGGGUUGCGGCGCUCAUCUCGCUUUAUUGGCCAAAGGAGCCGGCAUACAGCUUCCGGGUCAUGUGGCUAGCAUGACUAAGCUGCUUCUGGUGAACCAGAGCAGCUCACGGAAAUGCUGUUUACCUUCCCGCCGGAAUGGUACCUAUUUAUCUACUUGCACUUUGACGUGCUUUCGAACUGCUAGGUUGGCAGGAGCAGGGACUGAUCAACGGGAGCUCACUCCGUCGCGGGGAUUCAAACUGCCAACCUUCUGAUUGGCAAGUCCUAGGCUCUGUGGUUUAACCCACAGCGCCACCCGCGUCCCUUAAAAGUAACAUUGAAAAGUAAUAUUGAAAACAGAAAGCAUUUUAGUUUUGCUGCCCAAGAAAAGGUGAAACGUGUCUGUGCUUGUCUGUGCUUGGUCAUGGGAAUGUGAUAAAUGCUUUUGAAGGGUUGAAGUAACUAAUUUGGGGAAAAUUUAUAAUCUUCUGAGGAGUGCUAACUUAAUCCUUGUGAGUAAACUGCAUUUUCCCCAGCAUUUGAGCCAUAAAUUCUGGUUGCUAAUGUGUGUGUGUGUGGGGGGGGGCAUUUCUUCUCUGUCCAUCACAUCCACGUAAACAUGUUGUGUGGUAGCCAUUGGCAGCCAAUGUCCCCACUGUGGAAGGACAUGUGGAUCCAGAAUUGGUCUCCACAGUCACUUAUGGACUCAUUGUUAAAACCGUGUUUAUGGAAGACAAUCUUUCUCGGCUACGAGUGAUCGCCGAAGAAGAAGAUUACUAAUUGAGGAAACCACCCACACCUAUGAUGCUCCUACAAUUUUUGUACCUAAUUUAGGGGGGUGUGUGUGUGUGUAUAUGAGUUGCUCCUGAGUGUUGACAUUUGUUCUGCACCUUUAACUGUCUUUCUUCAACUGUCAAAGUUUUUUUUUCUUUUUUAAAAGGGUGAGCAGUCUUUCCUCCCAUGACAAACCGUUGCAUAAUUCUAUGAUUCUAUAUCUUCACUGUCAUCACACUCCUUUGGUUACUGUAAGGACAGCAACAUAAAGGGAGCUGCUUCAGUUGCUCAAAAGCAUGCACAAGGACCCCGUGGAAUCUCAUCUUUGCUCUGUGUCAUAACUACUAUUGUAGAAGGAAUGAGAUCUGAAGCGGGUGGAUGCUUCAUCUUGAGUAAAAUAAAAUACCAGCCACUUUAGAUAGGUUUUGAAAAUAGCAACUUGGUUUCCAACUUCUACUGGUUUGUUUGUUUUUUGGUCUUGUGUUUGAUAUGUGUUCUCUUACUAGCUGUGCCAUGCAUUUACUAGAGUUUACUUUAUGAUACAUUUAUUUGCUGUGAUAUCCUGGAAGUCUGAAAUUGUUGGAACUGAUUUCUUUCCUACUGGGAUUUAAAAGAGAAUCUUCAAAUAUAUUUUGCAGUCCUGUGAUGAUUCCAUUUUUUUAGUUGCAUUUGAGCAUGUGUACUUCAAUAUCAACUCAGUUCUUGCAUUGAAGGAUUUUGGUUAUCAUUACAAAUUAUAUUAAACCAUGCUGAAUUCUCUGUGCAGUCAACUAGAAGACUAGAUGGUUCUCUUGCUAUGAUUUAAUUUAAGCCAUUUAUGUGUUUGUGAAUGUUAUAUAGCGUCCUUGCAUUGUAUUUUGGUUUUCAUCAUAUUCUGAGGAUUGCGUCUUCUCUUAACCUUGUUGGAAGCCCCAUUUGAAAAGUGAAUUCAUGCUGACUUUUGUGAUACUUACUUUAUUUUGUAUUUGUGGAAGGUUUGUAUGGAAAACAAAUGUUUUUCAGAAAAAGUGGUACAUAAAGCAAAAACAAUAUUAAUCAAUAAUUGCAUACUAUUCAAACACAGUGUUUCAAAGUAAUCCAUCUUUUUCAACAGAGCAGGAAAAUCACCAUUAUAGCUCAUCAUAUGUCAGAAUUCAGUGAUGAGCACUACUUGAUCUUCCCACCAAGAAGUGCUUUCAUCUCUCUCUCAAAACAGCCUCUUGCUGUAUCAUAAGCAAACGUCUUUAUAGUGUCAUUGGAGUGGAGUUUCAAAAGCUGUUGUGACCUGGUGCUUUGUAGAGGAGGGUAGAAGGGGAGAGAAAGAAUUACAGCCCCAGUAAAUAAUCCCAAAGUCUUCUCCACAUGCAAAGCUUGCUGAAUUGUUAGCCUCUUCUUAAUGUAGCAUGGCAUCUGUUAAAUUUUCAGGAAAAUUGAAUCUUUAAUACGUCUAAUUAAUAUAUUGGAGCACCCAGCAAAGUGAAUCACAUAAUUGCAAUAAAUCAUAGAGAUUGCUGUGACCUAUGGGUGAUCUUUUAAAAGGAAGAAUAUAUCUAAUGUAUGCUUAUUAUAUACUAUAUACUAUUCUUCAGGCAGGCAGAAACAGGGGCCACCUGUGUGGUUCUGACAUAAGAGAUAUUAUACCACAGAGAAGUAGCUCCUAUGCCUCUGUGAUAAACACGUGAUCCUAACCUUUUCCUGGGUCACUGUAAAACCUUUUGUAUCUUUGAUCUCUGAUGGAAGAAGGUUGUGCUGUCUAACUUUAAAACAAAGUUUCCAGCUUGGUGAUAUAACACACUAGUAUUCAAUAUGGGUCCAACCUGGGAUGCUUGUGAUUGGUACCUAAUUCGUAUCAGGUUUACAAGACACCUCAUAAGGACGCCACUUUCUCAUUCAACUGUGAAAUCUGCUAAGCAGUCAGUUUUGAAGCUUUGGAAGACUGGAUGAGCAUCAGUUAAUCUGUAGGGAUUCCAGGAAUAAACAGCCACAGUGCAUGUUUUUCCCAUUACACACACCCCUUGCUGGUUGCUGUCUCCUACUUGCAUAUUUGAUGCACUUGAACAGUUGACCACGAGAUGGCAUCAUAUCAUUUUUGAAGGCUGUGGUCUAGUUGAAGAAGUUUUUUUGUUUUUGGAAAGAAAUGUUAACUGCUCACCAGUAAAACAGAACUUUCAGCUAAGCUCACUCAUCCAUAUAUUUCACCUAUGCAAAGCAAAUGCCCACCAAGCAGUGAAGAAUGCUACCAUUCUACAUAUCUCUGGGACCUCCCCCCCUCCUUCUCUCUCUUUUUACAUGUAACUGAUAGCUAUAUGUAGCUAAAUUGUUUUCACAUGUAGGGUUUAUAUGGUAAUCAUCAUCUCCAACUGUUACAUGGUACAACCGUAUGGAAUGGAAAUGUGAGAUCUUUCUUGCUUUCUCUUUUCCUUGCUCAGGUGAUUGAGGCACAACAGGUCAUACACAUAUAACUCACCAAUUUAGAAUGCAACUUAACAUACUAGCAUCCAAGAAAGUAGCUGAUAUAAUGGUAGAAUCAUAGAAUUGUAGAGUUGGUAAGGGACCACUGUAAGGCAGGGGGGAUCUUUUUGCUCAAUGUGGGGUUGCUGCUUUUUGCCCUCUACCCUGAGAUUAAGAGUCUCUUGCUUUACUGAUUGAGCUAUCCCAGCAUGAGCACCUAACCUGUGUAUCCAACAGAGAGUUUAUUCAGCUUGAUCAAUCAAUGCAUUUCUUCCUUUUGGGUUUUCUGCAUUUUGUUUAUAAACAAGGUAUUAUGGACUUGGGGAAAGCUGUGGUGCUGCUAAUAGUUAAACCGUCCGCAUACUCAUAAGCUUUUAACUCAUCUCCCUUAUAUUAAGCUGUGCACAAAAUUGAGUCUAUUCCUAGUUAAAUACUUGGGUAAUAGAGUCUGCUAUUUAGUGGAAGACUUAUGCAAAUGGCUUUUUUGUUUCACACGAAUGGGUCUUAUAGACUGUAAGUUUCAUUGAUAAUGUAAUUAGACUGUUACUUACCAUUUGAAAGCAGCAAGCUGCAUGGAAGCAUCAGAUUUAACUGCCAUAUACUUCACUUAAUGAAACUUCUUACAGUGAACAUAGAAAUGCAUAGUUCAGUUAGUAUCUUCUUCUUGAGUUUUACCGUGUUUUCUCAUAUGGCAUUUAUAUUUACUCGUAUACCUGGCUUUUAUCAUCACUGUACAUUUACUACUACUAUCUUUUAUCUAAUAUCAGUUUUGUGCUGUCUUCCUGUCCCCCGCUUCCUGAUUCAAUUUCCAGAGAAGGAGAUUGGAAUAUUGUUCAAUUUUGAACACAUUUGGGGAGCUGUGGGUUUUCUUUCUUUCUUUUUUAAAAGCCAUAUCAUGGUUUCACUUUGUGGUCUCAAAACACAGUUGGAAACAAAUCACUGUGCCCCAGCUUCAUGUGUCAUGGGAAAACUCUGUUGGUUUAUAUUGAAAGUGGGCACCUCUUUUGGAAUGCAACAAGUCUCUUUUGUGCAUUAGCCUGAGGUGCUUGUGUAUGUGAAAAGAAACCAUGGUUUCUAGCUGUACUUUAACCUGGCCAAUGUGUUAAGAAGAAGAGAUUUAAAACAUACCCUGUGAUCAUAUUGACACUUUAUCCUGUCAGAUAGACACACUACUACUCCAACGUCCCACAUAAAAUGAAAUGCCUAGGGUGGUGGCAGAGGGGGGAGUUGAAGAAUAAUUACUAUUCAAAUUGUAUCCUAAAAUGGAAAGAUGUGGAUUCUGAGUUUUGAUACAGAAAUUCAAAGGCUGGGUUUUCUAUUUCAAGAUUGAUUAUUGGUUGUGUAGGGAAGAGAAUGAUCUUGGCUUCUUUUAAGAUGAGCUUUAAGGCUGUUAAAAUGGAUUGAGCAUGCAAGAGUAUCCAUUUCAAAUUCCCCCAUGCAACUCUUAGGGUAGAUUCACCCAGUUGUUUUCCUCACACCACAAAGGGUUUUAAGUCCUUAAAUCCACCCUGGUGUGUUUCCAGUUUUUCAUCAUGGCUCACAGAUGUGCAUAGCCUUCAUCUGAAAAGCCUGGGUUCAUUUGAUGUGGGUAGCGGGUGGAGUUUGGACGAUAUCACACUAGUUUAAAAUUCCCAUCUCAUUCAUUUUACUGUUUUGAAGGCACCUUGUAACCUAGAUCACAAUUUUAAAAUAUGUUCUUAAUGUGUUUUGUGUGGCAAUAGUGAAGAGAGUUAACUGACCAUUUAAAGAAGUUUGUUGGGAAAUUUCUUAAUUGGCUUAAACAAUCACAGCAAACUCCUAGCAUAAAUCAGCCACCACACUCAGAUCUGUUGAGAAAUACCAUGCAAAUUCUAAUAGGAUUUUAUCAAUGAGUAGGAAAUUUCCUUUUAUGUACCUACUUACUGAUGUAAUUAACGUAUACAGUGGUGCCUCGCAAGACGAAAUUAAUCCGUUCCGCGAGUCUCUUCGUCUUGCGGUUUUUUCGUCUUGCGAAGCACGGCUAUUAGCGGCUUAGCGGCUAUUAGCGGCUAUUAACGGCUUAGCGGCUAUUAACGGCUUAGCGGCUUUAAGAAAAAGGAAACAAACUCGCAAGAACUCGCAAGACGUUUUGUCUUGCGAAGCAAGCCCAUAGGGAAAUUCGUCUUGCGGAACGACUCAAAAAACGGAAAACUCUUUCGUCUAGCGAGUUUUUCGUCUUGCGAGGCAUUCGUCUUGCGGGGCACCACUGUACAUCACUGUUCAGGAAAAACUUUUCCCAAAGUGUUUAACACAUAAUAAAUUGUGAUGUGUACUCUCUUGCCUUUAGUAUCCAAGUCCCAUGGAGAAGCAUGUCACGGCUGUAAAAACAGUAGAAGAAAAAACAGGUAAGUUGGACACUUCACUGUUGCUUAGAAGGCUCCAGAAAGUUUUCAGUAAUUUACAGGUACGUGAGAGCAGUAACUAAGGUUACUCAGAGGUUUGGGGUUAAAUGUCAUCAGUAUGUUGUGACCCUUUGCUCUACCUUGGAGCUAAAUGGAGGGGGAAAGAACACUGAAAUUAAAUCUAGCUAGAAGGGGUGGUUUUGGCUAGGGGUUCUUCCAGCUGGGGGAUAGGCGCACAAGCUUAUUCUGUGUGGUUUGCACUCUUGAUGAAGGAUCAGGUAUACAGCUUGGAGGUGCUGCUGAAUGUAAUGGAAAUUAUUCCUUGUCUAGAACUCAACUCACACAUUGCUUGAGGCAGCUGGCACAAAUAAUGCCCUGACUUAAAGGGCCUCUGCUUUAGGCAGGUGAUAUUGAGCCAGUAGGGUUCUCUUUCAGCCUUCUAGUCCUCUAUACUUGUGCUGCUAAGGUUGUGAGGUAAAUGGAGAUAGGAGGAAAGGUCUCCCUUCCCUACCCCAGAGUACCUUCAUCUUCUUUGCCUGCCUGGAGUACAUGUUUGGGUAGGUUUGCCUAAAUAGAAAAGAUUUCAGCAGGCACUGAAAAGAAUAUAGUGAAAAGGCCUGCCUAAUGGUGAGGGAGUUUGAGUGUAAAAGCUGCCACACUAAAACACCAAUUCCUAACAAGUUCAGAAUAAAUGUUAUGGGGCAGCUGUAAAAAUGCCACUUCUAGAGAUUGAAGUGGUUUUGUGGCAUGCAUGGGGUGAGCUGAUCCAUUGAUAUAUAGAGGUGGGUGAUUAUUGAGAGAUAAUUUUUAAGCUGCCCUUGGACCACUUCACUCCAAUUUGGCAGUAGUUACUGAAUUGCUUGCACCUUAAUUUGGGAGCUGUGGAUCAGGUGAUCUCGCAUUGAACCUCCUGAAUUCUUCCCCGCACCCAACCCUUACCCAUUACUAAACUUGCAGUCAGAAUCCAUAAAUAUUCAUCCCUGUUUCUGAGAUUCAGCCUCUGUGGCUCAGAGCACUUUGGAGACAGCAAUUUGCGAACUAUCUCCCUGGCUCUUGUUCUUUCUGUGCAUUGCCCUCAUGCCUCAACUGGCUCUUGAAGACAAAUUGCCCAGUUGCCCACCAUUAGGAAGCGGUUGCAGACCAAGUUUAUCGCAUCCAGGCUGCUUUUUCUGUUCUCCCAGAAGAACCCUCUUCUCAGCCAAGUCUCUCAUACUGAGAUGGCAGAAGAACAGAAAGUAGGAGCAGCCCGGGUGGAGGAAAGGAAUUAGUGUUGUCCCCCCUCCCCAAUGCAGAUGCUGCAAAAGGACUACAUAAAAGGUGAUCUCUGCUUCAAGAAGCUGAAGCUGAGGCAGGCAGGGCUCUCGGCACAAAUCUCCCCUUUCCCAUUUUUCACACCAUCCACUUCGGUCUUUUGAGAGGUCUGGGGUGGGGAGCUUAGUUAUUCUCCUCCACCACUGAAAAAAAAGAGGCUCAAAUUCUGGAUUUUCCAUUGCAUAUUAUAUAUAAUAAUAGUUUUAGCCAUCCCUUUCUCUUGGGAAAUACCAGUUUAUGACCCCUUGUAAAUGUGUCACAUUGGGAAAGACAAAUAUACUGCCAGCGUGGUUAUUUAAAGCCUACUGCAAAAUGCUGCCUCCCAGGAACAAAACCAGGGGAAGAAAAAAACACAGAUAAACUUUGUGCGGGAGAGAUUUGUCUCUUCCUUAGAACUCCUUUUCCACUGGGCUGUGUGCCUAGUCAGAUCAUCAAUUAACAUCAUCCUGAGGCUUCUGGACUUGAUUGGGAUCAUUAAAUAUUAACAUGCAAAGUGAGUUUGGAAGCCAGUCACGUUCUUAUUGUAGCUCAAUAACUAUAAUUUGUGAAGGGUUUUAGAGGCGGUGGGGCUUUUCUUUCUUUUUUUGGUAGGGAGCUUUGUUCUUGUCACUGGCCCAACUCAUUAUAAAAAUAAAUUCUAAUUGUUUGAGAGAAUUGCUUUAGGCCUCAAACAUUGACAAUGGUGGGUGGAGAGGUAUUUUGUACUCUUAGGAUGUAUUUCAGAAUGCAGAGUGAGCAGAACAAGCCAUUUUUGAUCGGAAGUGCUGACCCAGGAAGAUAUUUGAAGCUUGUAGCUAGCAACACGAGAGCCUCGAAAAUUAACUCCCCAACUGCUACCAGCUAAAUUGUAGAGCAAUUCCAUUGCAGUUCUAGCCAAAUCUAUGAAGCUCGGAUUUGGAAUUGUGUGAUGCUUUGUCAUUGCCAGCAUAGAUGCCAAUAAAAUGUUUGAACCACACCAUCUGUCCCCUGCCCAGUAGGGUUUUUUGUAUGUGUUGAGGUGGGCAAACAUAAUAUAGUUUUUGGACUAAGCAUAUAACCCUUUAAACGUUUUCUUCAUGGUCCAUCUGGCAACUGGGCUGGAAUCCUUUGGCUGCUGAGAAGAAGGGACAUUGAAUCCCUCUACCACAUUCAGGCUUCCUCGCCUUCUUCCUUGCAUCUGUAGUGCAAGCAUUUGGUUUUGUUUUCUUACUAUAAAAAACAACAACUCUAUUUUCCAAAAUAGCACUAAGUUGGUUUGUUCUUUUAUGCUCAGAUUUGUCUACAGGAAUCAUAUACCGGAGGAGGAUUGCAACGUGCCAGAAUGUAAUUCCACACUUCUUAAGACAGGUAAUUAAUGUCAGUCAAGGUUGAUGCAUGCUGGUUUUUAAGGAUAUAGGGGAAACGGUGCUGGUUUGUAGCCACAAAGAAUUAACUGUCUACUAGAACUAGGAAGGUUCUAAGUAUCCUGGGUGGACCACGUGAGGAUAGGCAACAGCAGCUCAUGUGGGUGGGGCGUGGAGGGUGUGGGGAAGUGGCCUUGUCCUGGUGGAAGCACUGUGCUUGGAUGGGGAUGGGGUGGAAGUCAGAGAGGCUUCUGCAAGGCUUCUGCCACCAACACUCAGAGCCCCCUUGACCUUGCUGCUACCAAUUUGCCUCAUCCCUGUACUUACAAGCACAGCAAUGCUGCCCAGAGGAUGCUGUUGCUCGCUCCCCCCCCCAUAUGAGCCACUACUGAGGAUGGGUCUGUGUUUGAAAUCCUGUAUCCUUCCCUUAGUUCCUAAAAGAGCAUUUCCCAAAAACAACUCUUAUCUGCCAUUUUGGGAGCUUGAAAAGGAAAUCAAAACAAUGUCCUUUUAAUCUAGGACUCUGUUUUUUUUAAAAAAAAUCAUAACAGGAUAGUGAUUUCUUCCGUUUAAACUUUCUGUGUCCUAAAGUUGUAGCUUGGCAACUCUUUGGAUUUACAUUCUGCUAUGUAUCACCUUCCAUUUUGUGAACUGUUUACUUGCAAUCCUUAUUCUGUCUGUCAGAACUCAAAUGAUUUCUCUCUGUCACAUUUCUGUUUGCCUUUUUUUUCCAUGCCUCGUCCAGAUGGGGAAACAUAAAAAAUCCAGGUACCAAACAGAAUGUAAAAUGAACCAAAUGUUUUGGCUGUUUAUGUCGUGAGUGCAACAGUCGACAAAUGUCUUCUGUUAGAAUCCAUUACUUUAAGCAGGACAUGUAGGCAACUAAAAUGUCACAUAAAUUAAGCUGAUGCUUAAGAUGCAGCAGUUGGCAAAAUCUAACUAGGCACUGAGCCGUGAGAACAAGUCCCUAAAUGUUUGCAUGGUUUCAUCACUAACAGCUAAAAGUUUUUAAUUUCUCUAUUGGCGUCAAGAGAUAAAUGUUAUGGGUGGCUUCAGUCCUUAAUCGUUUUAUUGUGUGAGGAUGGAAACAAAUGCUAAAUAUAAACAAAUUCCUCAUUAUUUCUUCAAGCACCUUGACAUUAUUUAAACAUGUAAUCAUUAUGUCUAACAGAUCAGUGUCCUGAAAGUGCCCGAAGUCUACCUAGAAGAAGAAUCUUGGCUUAAUAAGCAGGAUAGAAUUAUGUCUAUGAAGACUCGGUGCCUCACAUGGACACAGUAUGCUACUCUAAAGGAAGAGUCAGUCUUCAGGGAAAGUUCAGAGAAUCCAAACUGGUAAGGUGUAACUUAUUUAUAUGCACAUUGUUGUAAAUGGCCUUCUAGUUAAUUUCUAUUUAUUCUGUUUACCAGGCAACACCAGGAGGAUCUGAUGGUUGCUGUUGAGAUAAUGUAGGCAGCCACAUUGUAGCAAGUAGCCUUCAAGCCAGAAUUUCACAGCUGAUACCGAAAUUAGGUCUGCACAACUUGUGACCCACCAAGCCAAGUGCAGGCUGGCGGCUGGGCAUGCAUAACUGAAGGCUUACUGAACUUCUUCCGGUGGCCUGCCUUAGACUUCCAAAACAGGCUCUUUCUGUGUGUUAGCCGAGCCAUGAAAAUACACGGCUCCUGUGCUAUGUCAGAAGUUGUACAGGUAAAACUUGCAUAGGCCAAACAUAGGGGAAAAUAUAAAAAUAUGAGUAAGCGUUAGGUACAUGGUUGCCAUUGUCAUUAGAGUCAAGUCUUUAUAUUUUUCCUACUGCACUUUUGAUAUGGUAGGAAACAGAAAGGUUGCAAACUUGGUUGUGUGUACUUUCGCUAUUAAAAAAAUAUAUAUAUUCUGUGCCAAAGUACUUGUGAGUCUGUCUCCAGUAUAACUUACAGAAAUUUGCAUAUUAUAUUUACCUUAUUGAGGGACAGCAAGUGUAUUCUGCAUGGUUGGAUGCAUUUAGCUCUGUUGUGAGUAAGAACACCAACUAUAAAAGCAUAGUUUGUUUUGGAUAGAAUAGGUCUGAGGCCUUACUUUACACAAUGAGAUGUGAAAGCUCAGGAAAACCCCAGAAAAAUCGGGAACCUCCCCCCAUUUUUCCAGUUCCCCCCAGGCCUUUGCACCUUUAUAUUCACCCUGUGCCUGCCUGCUAGAUCACUCUACCCAGAUUGGGAGUUGUUGUUGUUGUUUAGUCGUUUAGUCAUGUCCGACUCUUCGUGACCCCAUGGACCAGAGAACGCCAGGCACUUCUGUCUACCACUGCCUCCCGCAGUUUGGUCAAACUCAUGCUGGUAGCUUCGAGAACAUUAUCCAACCAUCUCGUCCUCUGUCGUCCCCUUCUCCUUGUGCCCUCCAUCUUUCCCAACAUCAGGGUCUUUUCCAGGGAGAUUGGGAGUAGGUUGGACCAAUUAAAGUCCAGAAAGUUAAAGGGCUGUUUAGUGGAGGCAGCUGAGACAAUGAAUGAAAAGUACUUAGUGACAAUGGUGAAGUUAAGGAGGAGGGAUUGGUUUGGCAGGUUUGCUUCCCUCUGCUUUUUCUCAUGGUGCCAGUUUAAAAAAAAUAUAUAUAUUCUAAUUUUCAGGUAGGGAUCUGUUCUGCCAAUGCUGGCUGGAUGUUUUAGGGCAACUGAACUAUAUUUAUUGAAUUUGUUCUGGUAAAAAGCAACAAAUGUAAUGAACCCUCAGUAAGAGUAGAAAUGGCACCCGUGAAUAAUUGGGCUGUAAUAAGAAGAAAUAUGUGAUGGAGUGUAAAAUGAUACUGAAUGACACAAUCCACUGCAAAUUCUUCUACUGGCUCACUGUAAUAAUGCCUCAAAAAUAAAACAACAACAACAACCCGGGAAGUAAAAAUAAAACUAAACAGUCUCCCCAAGUUAAUAAAAAGGAUCAAUAAAAAAAUAUUGCAAUUGGAAGUGUGAAGACAUAUGGGACGUAUUUUGGAUAGCUGUUCUUAUGUGUACUCAGUUUUAUUUUAGGAAUCUCUUCAACAGCUCAUUUAAAUCCAAAGCAAGUCUUAGUCACUUCUGCUCAUUUAUUCCUGUAUACAUAAAACUAGGGCCCCUUUCAUCAAUGCACACCCUCAAAAAGUGAACUUCACCCUUCUACUCCAGGCCAGCUUCUACACAAACACUCUCACAUACGCUCUAUCUUCCUUCCAUAUAAGCAGGAAGCAUCAUCUGGGUUCAAAGAUGCAAAAACCCUCAAGGAGUGUGCAUAGCAGGGCCACCUAGGGGGUGUAGUUCUGGGGAGAGGAGAUGUGACCUGAGGAGAGUCCCAUGGGCCAGGUAGAGAUGUCUGGGGGACUACAGUUAACCACUUGGCCUGAGGUUCCCCAUCCCUGUUCUAACCAGUGGGUUGGGGCCAAUUGCUUGGGGUGACAUUUGGUUUGGAAGACAUGCAGUUGGCUUCACCUGUGUGCUUGGAAUAUGACAGGAAGGCAUUUCCCACAAUGCUCAUGAGAUGAACUAUUGAAGGCCAUUUCUGGCCGUUAGAGAGGCCUAUAGGGCAGCUUCUCACUAGAUAGUGGUGUAAGCCUUGCAGGGAAGAGUAUAUGAGUUUUGCCCCAGGUGAACUUGCUUUGAAUUCUGAGCUACCCUUUCCCAUUGACAUCCUACUGUUUUUGCCUGGAAAUGUUUACUAAUUCCUUAAUAAAGUAUAUAAACAAUAAGCUAUCGGGUUAUGAAAGAGUGCAGAAUUCCUUUUUUAACCUGCCAACAAAUAUGUAACCGCUUUAUGAGCUCAGAUUUUAUCCAAAAAAGAAAAGGAAUAAGGUAGUGUGAUACCAGUCCUUCAAAAUGGUACCAGGAAUGGUUCUGAAAUUUUCAUUUCACUUUUAGGAAGAAUGACAUAAGUUCUGAGUACUGUCAGGAAAGUGGUCUUUGUGAAUUUUAUAAACAGAAUUUGUGCCUCAUCAAUCAAGUGGAAUAUUCAAGCAUACUCCUAGGAUCUGAUCCGGAAAAUGGAAUCUGAAGGACUGGACAGAUCCAAAGGAUCUUGCGACACUGGGACAAUGGGCAACAAAUAUAACAGACUGAAGCCUAGUGUUAACAUAAUGCUUGUACACAUUGGAAAAGAACAACUCUGGUAUCAAACAGUAACUGCUCCGGUAUACAUGACUUAAAGCUUUGCUCUCUCAUCCCUGGAGACCGGAAGAAGCAAAACAUGCUCCUUUUAUUCAAAAUCCCUUGUAGAUUUUCUCUUUAUAGGGAGUCUCACAGUGCUUUCAUCUAGCUCACUUCCUUCUUGUUGAUAACUUUGCAUCAGCCCAUGUGAUUUUAACACACAGCAUUUGAUGAGCAUGUUGGAUUAUCUGUUACCGUACUUUAUAUAUGUUUUUAUAGUUUUAAUUCAUUUUUAGUCUUAGAGUAUUGGGGUUCCUGUACACAACUUACAGGUGGCUGUAAGUGGCAUACAAAUUAUUGAAAUAAGUAAUAAAAAUAUAAGCGGGGGUGGGGGGGCCCAAAGUAGAGAUGGGAAGGCCUGGGAAAAAACCGGAAAAAUGGGGGGGGGCAGGUUUUUCCCCAAAGCCAUUUUUUUCCAGAAAAAAAUGAAAAAAAUAGUUUGAUAUAGUUUGAAUAUUCAGCACACUUUCCCCCCCAAUUUUUCCUAAAAAAAAAUGGCUUUGGGGAAAAAACAGAAAAAAACUUGUGUUACCCCCCCAUUUUUCCACCCCCAGGCUUUCCAGCACCCACACUUUGGAGCUCCCUGCCGGCUGACACCAGGAAGGUGCUUUCACUGUACUCUUUCUGGCAACUGCUCAAAACAUUUUCGUUAGGCCCAUCUGAACACGCAGAAGCUGCAUGCGAUUUACUUCCUUUUAACCACUACUGACUUUAAUCAUCUUUUGAAUACUCUUAAAUACCUGCUUUUAACUGUGUUUUAUCAAUCAUUUUAAUGUUCUGUUGUAUAUUUUUGUAAACUGUUUAGAAGCUCUCUUACCAUCAUGCUGUUUAUAAUAUACAAUAACAAAUUCAAUUUAAAACACACACACACUCCUUUUCCUUUCAAACAGAGUUUGAGCCUUAGCGCAACAUACUAUUCAGUAACUGGAUGUUGGUUCCUUCUGGGGCUGGCAUGCAAAAAAAAAUUCAUUAUUUGCCCUGGCUGUCCUCAAGUAGAAAUGGGAAGGUUUGGGAAAAAGCUGAAAAAAUGGGGGGGGGGGACAGUUUCCCCCCAUUUUUCCCCAAAGCCGUUUUUUUAGAAGUCCAUGAGAAAAAUGCCAAACAGGAAGAGGAAGAAUAAAUGGAAAAUGAUAGCAGUAGUUCAGAAAAUGAGUUAGAAUAAACUGCAUGUGUAUGUUGUGUCUUCUGUUUUUGUUUUUUUAAAGCACUACUCAAAGGGUAGACCUUACAUGGAGCUUAAAUAUUGAGGUGGACCUUAACUUUAUUUGCUGUUGUUGCUAAGGGGCAAAUCUGAUUAUUAUUUAUGUUGAUGGUUUCUUGCCCUUUUUUGUUGCUUUUGAGGGAAAGGGGCGUGGUUACCUGUUUUAUUGCAAGCACAGUACUUUUAUAUACACUGCGUUUCAUGCAAUUUGUAAAACUACUCCACACUGAACUUCUUUUCAAUUUUUCCAAAAUUUCCAUUUUUUCCAGAAAAAAACGGGGGGGGGGGGAGAGAACGUUUUCCCCCCAUGGCUUCAAAAUUUCUGGAAAUUUUACAUCUCUAACCCUAAGUGAUUCCAUGAACCACCAAAUUGUAUUGCAGUGUGGAAAUAAAAGCACCACUGACAAAUUUACCCUCUAAUUUGUAAAAAGUAUAAGGCACCCAUGCCUAGGUGCAGCAAUAUAUCACUAUUUCUCAGCAUAUGCUGCACUGACAGUAUAUAUUCAGUGUAAACAUCAAAGGGUUAUUAAUUAAGGUACUUCAGGUUGUGUAAGCUAGUGGCCAGCUGGGCUGAAGAGGAAACCUCUUCAAUGUUACUGCAGAACACAAAUGGCCAGGUGUAUAUUUCUCUUUUCAGCCUUUCCUGAAACAUCUGGUAUAUGUCGUUAUUGAAAUGUGGUGUGAGUGGAAGGAGACAACAAAUGCUCUUCUAGUUUCUUCCAAAAUCUGGAGUUCCUAUGAAACACAAGUGAAGCACGUGAAUUCACUGAUGAUAUUCAGUGGGUAAUAUUAUUAUCAAUGGGGCAGAGCAGGAAAAUGUUGCAGUGUAUUCUCGUCUCCUUACAGAAGUGCUUCUGUCCUGGGUACUUACCUGUUUAAUAAGGCUCAAUAUUUGGCCUUAAAAAUUAUUACAAAUAUAAAGUAAUACAGUGGUGCCUCGCAAGACGAAAUUAAUUCGUUCCGCGAGUUUUUUCGUCUUGCGGUUUUUUCGUCUUGCGAAGCACGGUGUCGGAAAAGUUUUGGAAAAGCUUCAAAAAUCACCAAAGUCUUCAAAAACCUCAAAAAAGGCUACCACACCGCGUGCUAUGAGUUGCUCCUCGAAGACAAGUCGCAACUGUAUUAACGGUUUUAAGAAAAAGGAAACAAACUCGCAAGACGUUUCCGUCUUGCGAAGCAAGCCCAUAGGGAAAAUCGUCUUGCGAAGCAACUCAAAAAACCAAAAACCCUUUCGUUUUGCGAGUUUUCCGUCUUGCGAGGCAUUCGUCUUGCGAGGUACCACUGUAUAUGAUAGGAUAUAACCAAAUCUACUGUAUCUUUUUGGAAAGUUGCUUAUUUGGUUGCUAUGCAUCUUAAAAUAUUGUAACCAAAUAUUGCAUAAUUUUUCCUAAGCUCAAGGAGCAGGUUUUUGUCUGUAUUGGGAUAAAAUUGAGCUCCUUUUUCAAUCAAGAUAGCAGUCUGAACCUUUCAUUGAUUUUAACCAGUGAUUCCAAAACUGCACCCAUUUAUUAUUUCUUAGAAUUCCUAAGCAAUGCUGGGUACGAGGCUGCUAACUGUAUCCUUGCACAAACAUGAGAAAAUAACAAUGGUACAGCAAAAGUUACAAGCCUAUAAUAUAUAUUGGUAGUCUUAAUACUUACUACUGAAUUGAAAAACACCUUUUUAGAAACUUAGAUCUUAUCAACAGUUCUGGCACCUAGGUUACUUGGUGGUGAUGGAUUUGAUGAUGGGUUCUGGGGUGGAAACACCCAUGCAUUUAGAAAGAAUAAAUUUGUGACAAUUUCCAGUUCAUUUUAUGUUGUUUUAAUGCAUGUUUGCCUGGUGUCUAAGGUUAUUUUGUUUAUUGUAUAUCAAUCAAUGUUGCACUAUGUCUUAUACAUGGGGGGGGGAGUUUUUUACAGUGUGAAUUUUGCUCCCCCUCUAUUCUUCUCACUCAUCCUGUUUUUUAAAAAAUACUCUGUCAAAAGUGAUGCCAGAAUAUAUGAAAGGCAGUCCUUGAAAUUACAGCAGCAGCACUUGUUCCCUUUGAAAUUACAGCUUGCUGAAGCUUUGUUCUAUAUCAUUAAAUUUGACUGAACCUUGCCCCUAAUCUGCAUUGCACAAAGGAAUGUGUUUUUCUCAGUAGUCAUAGAAAAACAGAAUGUGGAAAGUCAAACUUGGUGUGCUCUCUGCUACUAAAGCUCUCCAUAUACCUGUUUAUGAAACUAGAAAUAUGCUUGGUAGGAAGAUCAGACAAUUUGGCCUUGUUGGCAAGAAGAGGUUCUAGACCUAGAAAUCUCAGGUGGGAAACCUGGCUUUAAAAGGCCAACUUGAGAAACAAUUUGUAUGUUGCAGAUCCAUGAGUAUAGAAGAUUUGCUUAUUUGUUAGGCUGAUAUAACAAUGAGUUGUUUAUUAUUAUUAUUAUUGAGAACCAAACUUUGGUUCACUGCCACUGGGUAUUGGACACUGGUAUUUAGACAAGUCUGAUUUAUCUCCAGAUUUUGUAAUUUGUGAAGCAUGCCAUCUCAGCAGAUGUUAAAUGCUCAGUUAUAGCCAGCACUGUGCACUACAGUUUUACAGAUGUACAAAUUGUGAUAUAUUGGAAGCAGAAUCCAGCUUCCGAAGAUCAAUAGGCUUUUUUUUUUUUAAAAAAAGAAAAUUGCUAGUCAUUAUGAUUGUGAAGAUAUGCUUUAGUUUGUGGGCAGUUCUUGACAAAAUCCCCAAAGCUAUAGGGGAAUGUGGUGGGGAAUGUGUGGCCUUCCAGGUGUUUUGGUCUCCAAUUCCCAUCAUUCCUGUGUUCACUGUGGCUGAUGGAAGUUAGAGUCCAACAGCAUCUGGAGGGCUACAGGUUUGCAACACCUGCUGUAGGAGUUGUUAAGAUUUCCAGGGAGCUGAGGUUCAGUGCCUUGCCUAUUCACAUCAUUAAAAGAAGCAAAAUACAGUGGUAUCUGGGUUUACGAACUUAAUCCAUUCCAGAAGUCUGUUCUUAAACCAAAACUGUUCUUAAACCGAGGCCCUUUCCAUAAUGAGGCCUCCUGCCGCUGGUGCCCUUCCACCGCUCAGCUUCCGUUCUUAGACCGAGGUAAUGUUCGCAAACCUGGACAAUACUUCCGGUUUUGCGGAGUUUGUAAACCAAAUAGUUUGUAAACAGGGCUGUUCUUAAACUGAGGUACCACUGUAAAUGAUAGAAAAUAGGGGUGUGUGCUGAAGGACACAUUUUGCAGGAGAAACAAUGCAGACUUUCAUAAUUAUUCAGGUGCAGAAUUUGGAUUCUUCUUUUUUAGCACAAGUAUACAGUGAGCAGUGAGCAUGAUUCUGUCUGUAGAUGUGCUUUGCCAGAUGCGAAACCUAUUUCUCCAGUGACUGUGCAUAAAAUUGCACUGUUUCCUUCAUCACAUUUUCAUGAAGGCACCCACUAUUUCCUGUUCGUCUGACUGAACCUUUCCUUCAAGUCUCAUGCACUGCACACCUUGAAAUGCCAUUUGCCACCAUAAAAAUUAUAAUAUGCAAGAAAAGAUCUGCAAGAUUCUAACGAUUGAGCAUUUCCCCAAAUGCCAGUCUUGUCCAUCUCUUUUUAUUUCGAGUUCUCAUACUCCUGGGUUGAUUCUUCUUAUGAAAUUAUCCUGCUUUGAAUGAGUAACAGUAUGUCAAACAGUCUGCUCACAUGAACAGUGAAAUAUGGGGAAAACAAUCUGUGGGACAGAAAGUGGAAACUUGCUUGAGCAGAUGCCUCCCCCCCUCCGACCCCCACCCCAGUUCUGCAGAUGAAGCCAGUGAGAUGCUUCAGUUAUCAGAGCAGUUUCAUGACAUGAAGAGGGACUGCUAGUGACAGAAGAGACGGGGGUUUGUUCAGAACCCCCACUGAAUAUUUUAUCAAGAACUUCUCAACUGAAAAAGUUUCAAAACUUUUCUUUUUCCUUUAAAGGCGUCCAUGGUAAGAAAUCUUAUCUGAACUAAAACAUCAAGACUUUAAUUAAAGGAUCUUUAGUAUAAAACUCCAAUCACAAAAACAAUUAAGCCAAAUUUGCUAUACUUUUAACUAGUCAAUAAUUCAGUAGUUGGAUCUCGCUAAUAGACUUCUCUCUGCCACUGUGUUGUUGUAAUGAUGGCGCAUCACCCAGCUCUGCGUUGCAAGGAUCAAUCGGAGAUCAAUAUUUUCUGUGAGCUUUUCGUGUCUUUCACAGGCUGUGAAAAAAAGAAAAAAAGAAAUAGCAACAUCGGGCUUCUUCUCACAAUUACUUUAUCAGGUUUAAUAACCCCCCAAAUGCCAUUUGCCUUUUGUUGCCGCCUCUCUUAGGAAAAACCUCACCCACUAGUUGCUUGCAUUGAUGGGAUAUUAUUGGUUAUUUCUACAGCACAUUGCGUAUGCAAAGAGCUUUCUUCUAAUGCAACUCAAAACAACUAUGUGAGUUUGGAUCUUUAAUGCUUCCACUUAUAGGGAUGCUGGGUCUUUGAACCGCUUCAGAGGCAGAAGGGAAUAAGGAUCAAGCUAUUUAAGCGUAGGAAGGGCUGUUAUCUGUCAGGGAUGUUGUAGUUGCCUCCGCUAUUCCAGAUUGGAGUGAUACUCAACUCACCUGUGAGCUCAAGUAUUUCUGCUUGCACAACAGGACUCCUCCCCUCCCGACUUGCCCCAUUCCCUCCCCAAAUUGGGGAGAACCUUUAGAACAGAUUUAGGGGCGCACAGAUUGAGAAGAGGGGGAGAAUGUUCCAUUUCGCAGGGGGAAAUCCUUGUGUUGAUGGGACAAGAGUCUUAGUGCUGUGCUGGAUUCCACCCCCUGCACUGAGCAGAUGGUUGGGCUAGGUUACUUCCAGGGUCCCUUCCAAUGCUGUGAUUCUUAUUUCAUGAUGUGCAGCAUCUCUUUCCUAUGAAACAGGCCAUAGGAUGUCUUCCUGCCUUUAAAAUAGUCCAACUACUCCCCUUUUUGGAACAAGGGGGAAUGGGGCCAAUGUGUUGCAUGUGCUGAUAACUUUUCAUUUAUAUACUUCUGUACUGCACUCUAGAUGAGCCUGGCCUGGAAUGAUUCAGAAACUUCACAAGGAUGGAGACAGUUUGAUUAUCAGUGUUUGGUUACAGGAAACAUAACAUCAGUACUUUAUGAGCUCCGCGGCUGCGAGUUUGUCUUUCCACAAUCAGAUUUAGUAGCAGCAAUUUACUGCAAUUGCAUGCAUACUGGAAAAUCAGUGGUGACAUGCAAGAAGACUUGUUCUGUUCUGGCCCUGAGAUUUUGAAACAAGCACCCACUGUGUGUGUGUGUUCAAAUAUGGUCUUUAUUCUUUUUACAGGGUGAAAUUUUAUUAGAGAACCAUAGUAUCUAUUGGGAGGGAAAGAAAAUGUUUAAUUGCAUUUCUGUUUUGUAGGACAGAGUUCAUUCAGAAUGGCAAAGUAUCAAUAAGAGGAUCAGGUCUCCUGAACUGUUUCUUGGAAGUUUUUGCACGAACCUUUUUAAAUCAAGGAGUGAAAAGGGUAAGCUCUUUAAUUUUAUUUUAUUUUGGAAAAAAAAGUUUUUUCUUUGUUAUUGAUACAUUAUGCGUCACCCUUAGUGAAUGUGCAUUAUGACUUUCCCCCCAACUCCUUCCUUAGUAAUUUCAGUUGAUGGUGUUUGGCAGCUUCCUGUGCAAAAUAACUCCCAUUAUGUAUUAAUUUAGAUUCAUAGCCUACAUCUACUUCUGGGCUCCUGUCUGUGUUCCAUUUCUUUGUAAUUUCAUUCAGAUGGGGAUGUGGCAAAUGUGUGAAACACAGGUGCUGAACUAAGUGAGAAUGUUUAUGAGCUAAACGAGGAUGGUCCAGCUUUUCAUGCCAAGUGGGCCACAAGAGUACUUCAACAUGGAGCCGUGCUUCUAAUUUGGGGGCCAAUCACAGCUGUAAUUUUUACAGUAUUCCCUAGUCUCUGCUACUCAAAGACAUGAAAAAUCACAUCCAAAUCCAGCUGCAUGUAGUUGCUAUAUACUACUAGAACAUGGGUAGGCAAACUAAGACCCGGGGGCCAGAUCUGGCCCAAUCGCCUUCUAAAUCCGGCCCAUGGGUGGUCCGGGAAUUAGCGUGUUUUUACAUGCAUAGAAUGUGUCCUUUUAUUUAAAAUGCAUCUCUGGGUUAUUUGCGGGGCCUGCCUGGUGUUUUACAUGAGUAGAAUGUGUGCUUUUAUUUAAAAUGCAUCUCUGGGUUAUUUGUGGGGCAUAGGCAUUCGUUCAUUUCCCCCCAAAAAUAUAGUCCGGCCCUCCACAAGGUCUGAGGGACAGUGGACUGGCCCCCUGCUGAAAAAGUUUGCUGACCCCUGUACUAGAAUGUCUACUCCAGGGUAAUAAGGUUUAUAAGUGCUGUAUCUCCAUGACUUUAUCCAACCUGCAAUCUGCAUCAGCCACGUGGUGUGAACGUUUUAAAUAGUUUAACAAUGUUAUUGGGGAAAAUAGUUCCCAAAUAUAGCUGACAUGAAUGAAGGGCACUAUAGCUGUUUCUUAUUCCUAGAGUGUCAUUACAUGGACAUGGAAUUUAGGAGCAUUUGGUCAGAGAAGGAUCCUCAGGGCAGGGGACUGAACUAUGCAAAUAUGUUAAAGUGAAAAAACAACAAAAACCUCUUUCCUCUUUCUCUGUGUAUUCCCCAACCUUACUUCUCCAUAAUCUUGUAGAUUUCAUUCAGCCAUGUGGUAGCUGAUAAGAUAGUUAUAUGAAUAAUUUAAAAAUCUUGGCACAAUUACUCUGAGAAAAGCAAACAAUUGAUUUCUGGCACCUUUUUGGCGUUCUCCAGAUAAAUGUCAGAACUUUUUAAGAUUGUGCAGAUAGAACUGCAUCACAUCAUGAGAGGAAGUGAUGGGUGCCACAUGAGCUCUUCUUUCUAUACCUUUUCUAAAUAAAGAGAAUCAUUGAUUUUUUUUUAACCCCUCUAGUCUGCAGGCAUUCAGACCUCUGCUGUUUAUUCUGCCAGAUAAACCUGGAAACUCAUUUUGUCUGAAUGGAUGCUUGACAUUUUUGUUGUAGUUAUAGGUGGCUCAAAUCUUCUUACAGCUGUAAGUAUUUUCUGUUGCUGUUCUUUGGGAGAAAGCUUUGCUUUUUGACCUUUCCAUUAUGUCUAUACACGGCACAAGCAAGGCAAGGAAUUCAUCAGCAACCCACAGUACACACAGUUUAGGAAGAAAUAGAUGGAUGCACUGUACUUACGAGGGACAUGCUUUAGAUUUUGAAACAGUCACCUGAUACACCUCAAUAGGGAGAAUUACCUGUAUUGUUAUAGAGGUUGGAAAACAUGUAUUGUAACAUUUAAACGGUGCUAUAAGUAUAUAUUUAUUCAUCACGGAUGGAUAUACUCUUCAAAUCAGGUAGUGUUGCCACAUAAUUUAGACCCAUUCACCAGAUUUGCACAUAGCACUCUGGCUUAUUUUGCCAAAGUGUGAACGGUUUGAAAAUCCAAACCAGCCCAGUAACCUUGGUUUUGUUCCUGGCAAACCACCUUGUGAAGCCAUGACUUGUUGGUUUAUGAGCCACACUUCGUUUCAGCUGAUUUGGAGCUAAGUCUGAACCCAGUAGCCUUGCUUAACCAUGGUUUAUUUGGCUACCUGACCUCAGAUGCUUGCCCAAACUACAGAAGCAUGAAACAAGGGCGGUUAGAAAACAAGCCAAGCCUUGGAGAAACAAGCUGUAGCUUAUUUAUUUCUCUGUGAGGCAACUCACAUUUUCUGAAACAAUCCAUGGUUAAAACAAACCCUGGUUUAGCCACUGUUUCUAAAAAUCCACUGUUUCUAAAACACGUAAUUAGGAUUCAUUAUCAUGUGACUCAUUUAGAGGAUCCCCUGACUACUUUGGCCUUCCCUGGCAAGUAUGACUAUACUUGCUAGGGAUUAUUAGGAAAGGCAUUGAAAAUAAAGCUGCCACAGUUGUAGUUCUCUUAUCCAGAUCUAUGGAUCUGGUACAUUUGGAAUAGUGUGUGUAAAAUUCUGGGAAUUCCCAGAAAGAAUAUAGUAGAGCUGGAGAAAGUCCUGAAAAGGUCAACCAAAAUGAUUGAGGGGUCAGAGGACCUUCCCCACAAGGCAAAGCUAAAGCGUUUGGGCCUCUCUUUUUUGUUUAGACUAUGGAGUGAGGGGCAUAAUAGAGGCUCGUAAAAUUUAUGUGUGGCAUGGGUAAUAGAGAGAAGCUUGUCUCCAUUUCAUAAUAGCUAGUACUUGAGAUCGCCCAAGUUGAAAUUGAUUUGGAGUAGAUUUAGGACAGACCAAUGAAUAAAUAAUUUAUGGGAUGUGCUGCAACGAGAUGUGAUGGCCAUGAACUAAGCUGGGUUUAAAAGAGGAUUAGUCGAACGCAUGGUAGAUUGGUGUGUCGGUGGUUAUUAGUCAUGAGAGCUAUAGAAGACCUUUGCAUUCAGCUGUGGUGUGCCACUGAAUACCAGAUGCUGAGAAACAGGGUGAUUUGCUUUACUCUUUAAGAUCAAACUGAUCAGUAUAAUAAGUUUUUUUGGGAAACUAUAUUUGAAAAACUGCAAGAUUUCCGCCGAAUAUGGCUCGAUGAAUUUCAACAAGUCAAGAUUAUAUGGUAGAAUACCUUGAGCUAUUUCAGGAAAAAUCCUUAGAUUAUUAGGGAAUAUUUUCAGAUAAAUUAUUAUAAUUUUUACUUGAACACGUAUACUAGAGAAACGUUUUAAAAUAUUGUCUAGAUUGUACAUUACAUCUAUGUAAUGGUGAGAAUCUUAAGAUCAGUUUAACUACUUGACCUAUUAUUUCUUUUAUCAUAUGCUAAAGAGAGUGUACUUUUUGAAGACAUGUUGAGAGUAACCCUAUGCAUGUUUAUGAAGAAUCCCACUUUCUUUAAUGGGACCUGCUCCCAUGUGUCAUUUGUCAUAGGAUUACAGCCAGUACCAAUUUGCUAGGCAGCGAGUCCCAUUUAACUCAAUGAGAUCUACUUUUAAGCAAGGUAACUUAGGGUCAUGUUGUUGCUAGGCCUUCGUGUACCAGCUAACAGGGAACCAAUGAAUAUCUGUGCAAAAAUAUACGUGAGAAAGGAGUGUAAAAAAAAAAAAAAAAGACCAUACAUUGAUACCCUUGGUUAGAUUUUGUGAUGAUAACCAAUCAUUUUAUGUCAAAUACUGUUUUAAUAUGUAUUGUGUAUAAUUCAAUAUGUAAUGAAUUCAGUGGCUAUGUCCAGGAGGCAGAGGGUAGUGGGGUUCCGCUGCCACGGAAGUCCAAACUGCACCUACUGAAAGUGCAGACUGUUGCGGAGGUACUGCCUGUUGUUUUCCUGCCAGAGGUAGGAAGUGUAAGUCCUUGAAACAAGCCAUUUCAGAGGCAAAGCAGUGCAAGGCAACAAUCUGCUUGAUCCUAAGCUUGUCCAUUUGCUGCAGAGUGCCAUGGUGCAGUGCUUGUCUGGAGCUGGUGCAGCAAAAACUAAGAAACAUCCACCCACUGUUUUCUGCCCUGACCAGCAGAGAUUUGGAUAAAGUGCUUGGCUCUACCUGUCUAAGCAACCUUGGGGCAGCAUUAGGAUUGCCCUGCCUGUUAGCGGAUAUUCAGUUGUACUGAAAUAAGUGGGAACGUUACGUAACUAACUGUGUCUGAAUCGAACAAAUAACUAUGCUAUGAAGUUAGUAAUCUGAUGAGUUUUUGAAUUAAAAUUUUAAAAAGUAAAGAAAAGGGCUUUUAAGCCACAUUUUAAAAGAUGGUUUAAAAAAAAUUAAACAUAAUUUUUAUCAUUUUAAUAGGUAGGAAUAGGUUCCUUUACAUUUCAAGUGCAUCAUGUUGUAAGGUUAACAUUCUGAAGCUUGAUCUCAUGUGUCAAGAUUUAAGCACAAGAGCUUUAGUUUAAAGGAAUAUAUUGAUCAGACUUUGAUUGAGCCUCGUCUAAUCGAAAAGAACAGUGGUGCUUACUAAUAGCUGUCAUUUAAUGUUUCGUCUUCAUUUCAUAAAUCUCCCUUCUCUGCUUUCUUAAGCCCCUCUGUCAAACAAUUUCCCUUAAAACUGCUGUGCUAAGAGGAGAAAUGAAAAAGCAACUGUCACAGUCUGAACAUAAUUGAUUCAAUAAAUAACAUUUUUAAAUUCUCAAGGCAAACCUCGGGGUUUUCACUUAUGUCAAUUAACUACUUAGUAAAUGGUGGUAAACUUAAUUUGGACAGAUGGGCUGUGCUAGCCCAUUCUCACUUCCUCUGGAAAUGAAAGAGAAAGAGAAAGCAUUUUCCCUGAUUUUUUUUUAAAGUAAUGUUUGGCUUGAAUUUGGAAAGCAUCACUUUAAAAACCUUUGCAUUACUUGAUGAUAAAACAAACUGAGUGUUGGUCUCUUUAGGUUAUUGCUGUUUGGAAGUGAUUCAUAUUUGUCAUGAUAUUGCACUAUGGGACAGGAAACCUGCUGUGUCUUUUUUUGAGGGGGGCAUUCUUCACUAUGUGGGUAGAAACUUCCCUUUUGCUAAAAGGGAACAGAGAGAUCCUGUGGCUGCAGAGCUUUCGCUCAUGGUCAUUGUUCAAUGCUUGCCCAGGUCUGUGAUGGCAGCUGCAAAACAAGUAGCAUGUAGUUAAUUACCACAACCAAUCUGCCAAGUUGUGGUUUGCAUAUUGCUGGUAUACUUCUCAUAGUUGUAGCAGACUUAGUCCUGGGCUGAAAUAAUAUUCUGCACUAUGUAGAUGUGCAGGUAAAGAGGAGAUUCCCCAUCUAUACAACCCACAAAUGACAACAAGGCAAAAUGAUGCUCCAGCUCUAGUUUGACUAUACUUAAAAUAGCAUGUAUGAGUUGUGAGUAGGCACACAAAUCUGGAGUGUCCAAAAGUGUGACCCGAUGAUCACCAGAACCUACAAUCCCCAUUUCUAUAUGCAGGGCAUGAACUCCACUGCUGAGCUAUUGCUGUCCUCAACCAUGUGAUCCAUUCUCCUUCCUUCCUUCAGAUCCAUUGAUGUGAGCUUCAGUGCACCAUUGCACUGCUCUGUCAUCAGGUUGCCAGUAUCUUUGAGUUAAGGAGGACGAAACAGUAGGGAAUGAAAUGGAUGACAAACUAUCCCUGGAGAGGUUACCUGUUUGGUCCCCUGUCACUGAAGCAGAAAUCAAAAGCCUUAUUGAGAGGCUUUCACUAGACAAAGCUCCAGGAUGGAAUAUGUUGCCCCACCCCAAUCUUUUGUAUGGACCCAGAGUGGUGGGCACCAAUCUUGGCAUCGCAGUAAAGACUGAUAUAUUUCCUUAGUGAUAUUGGUCUUGAUCUGCUUAGAUGAUCUCUAAACAGAGAGGUUCAAUUUGUAAAGCUAUUGUGUGCUGGUAAAAUGUUCAGACGGUUCAAAAUUACUGUCUGUGUUCUUUUUACAGGGUGUUACGAUAAUGGAGAAACUUCUACAAGAACAGUUUGGGAGCCCCUUUUUGUAAUGAGGAAAUGUGAGUGUGUUUAUACUGUUUCUUUUAUAAGAAUGUGAUAAUCAAAUUCAGUAGUUUUCAUAAAAGUAAUCCCCCCCAUAUAUUUUUCAUGGAGAACAAUGUAUGUAUUCUUCAAGUAGUUCUAGAAACGAGAACAAAUGGCUAUUGAUUGGUUUGUUAUAAAUGUUCUCCUAAGACACACUUUUUUGUACCUUACAGGAGGAGAAAUCUCCAUGUUUCUAAAGUAGAAGCACAGCAAUAUGUCCUCAUUACCAGGCCUGCUUCUUGCUGAAGUUAACUUUAUGGGUUAGAUUAACGAGUAAGGAAAGACUGAGUUGAAGGAAGACAAUUGCCUACAAACUAAGCAGCAUAUGUGGAAUGGCACAACUUAAAAUCUGUAAACCAGUGUGAUCAUGGGGAACGAAAAUAUGGUUUGGAAAAAUACAUCACUGUGUAGUUGCACUUUAAUCUCCCAUAGACUAAUCAUCAAAAAGAUUCCCACCCACCCCCUCAAAAAAACCCACACACAUUGGCACUACGGAAAGACUAUCAGCCAAAAGAAACAAGAUUUUACUCUUGUUUUAAUACAUGGUCCGUUGUUCGGGGCAGAGAAUCUAUUCCACAGCAGUGCAACUGAAAUUGAGACAUUUUAUUAACAGGUACUGUGAAUCUAUGUCUCAUGAAGGCUCUACAUGAACUGCAAGAUUAUUUUAGUUUCAAAAUUCUUGUAUUAUGCAAAUACCAUUCUUUAAAACCUCCAAAAUGCUAUUAAUGCGUCUCCAGUUUGCCAGUGUAUCCCUCUAAAAUGUGAACUGUUGCCAAACCUUGCUAGUUUUUCAAGCCUACAAAAGCUUCUCAGAAUCUUUAUUAACUUAAUGCUGAAUUCCAGUGGUAGCCCUCUUUAAAAAGAUGGAAAACCUGUUUAGUCUUUCAGUGCUUGUAACUAGGUGAUUGACAUCUAAUUAAGUGGUAAGUUGACAUAAGGGCUCAGGUUUUCGUUUCUUUCUUGAACAUUUUUGGUAAUGUUGUUUUUUAAAAAAAUGUGUGUGUAUACCAUUCUAUCUUCAGAUAUGAAAUGUUACUUGAAUGCCCUUUUCUGAAAUAAAGGAGAACUAACGCUAGAUUUGCAAAUUACUAAUUAUUAAUAAUAAUAAUAAUUGUGUGCCACAAUGCUAAUAAGAAGUACUUAAAUGUCUGCAUAUAUAAAAAUUUUCCUUUUUAUUUGCACAAAAUGUUGUCAGCGUUCUACAUUAGGUGAAGUGCUGGAAGGACAAUUAAUAACCGCAAUCUGGUAACUCCUCUGCGCCGGAUAGACAUUGUAAACAUGAUAUGGUCUGCUGGGUGAUGCUUAGGUACACAUUCAGUGUUAGAAAUAUUUAAGUCUUGGUUAAAUAAAAUAUGUUCUGGAGCAGUAGGGAGGAUUAUGUUGUUUUGACAUAAAACCAUGUCCUUUUCAACCUUGUCACCUGCAGUUUUAUGGCUGAGAUUGCUGGAGCAGUCUGGAUUAAAUUUAGAUUUACCCGGCACAGCAGUUAUGUCAGGUCAUUUUUAAUUCAUUUCCUUUAGCAAUGAGCCAGCCUAACCAGUCAUUUGAACAGCUAUUUGACAGCUGGCUAAUGGGACUGAAAAGUGUGCCAACUGCCCUGCUGGCUGCCUCCCUUUCUUGCUCCCUCUCGCUAAGCACGUUGAAAGCAAGAAGAGGAAAAAUAGACACGUGUUUCCAAGCCUUCUCAGUGCUGAGAAGCAACUGAGCCCUUAAGAAGGAAGGAUCUAAGGAUCUGUGAUUUAAGUGUUAAAAUAGGAAUGCAACAAACAGGGAAGCUGGGUGUGCAUUUGAACUGAACUGGAAGCAGGGUUAUGGUAUGAGCAUUGCCAGUGACAGUACCUCAUAAAGUACUGCAAGCGCAGCACUUGGGCACUAAGCAAAUCUGCUUUUGCCCUUUAAGUGCUCAGAUGAGUCCAUAGCACUGUUGUGAAAUAGCAUCUGUUUUGUCUGGGAGUCCCCCCAGAAUUCAUCUGCACCAGCUACCUAGAACAUACUACCUGUUAACCUAAUACCUGCUGACCGGUAUAAUUGCCUUGGCACCCUACUACUCUCGGGCCAUUUGGAAGAGGACAGGAUCUUGUGCAGUAGAAAUCUUACACUAUUUAAUGCAAGGGUUGUCAACCCGGUUCCUACCACCCACUAGUGGGAGUUUCAGGAUUCUAGGUGGGCGGUAGGGGGUUCUAUGGCACAAGCUGAAUCCUCCUUCCAUCGAGCACUGGUGGGCGGUGAGGACAUUUUACCAUCAAGAAAGAUGCAUUAGUGGGCGGUAGGUAUAAAAAGGGUGACUACCUGGUUUAAUGAGUAACAGUCUUCCAGCUGGAGAGGUUUGAGAUCCAAAUAAUGCUGUUGCAAUCUUGUUUCAGGGAGUGUGUAUAUAGUCUCUGCAACUAUAUUAAGGUCAGCCUUCUUUUUAAAAAAAAAAAAAAAAGGCAAGAGAGAUAAUUACUUUCUUGAAUUUUUUAUUAUAGUCCUCCUUGAACACUAUUGUAUGUCAGGCUCAUUAGAUUCUUCCUCACAUUAUGUCUCUGACUUGCUAAGUUGUAGCUAACACCUGCUUUACAUGUACUCAUUGCAUUCCAGGAAACUAGAAAUUUUCAUUUUUAUAUAACAUCAGGUCUUACAGAGUUUGUAGGAGCUCAUCUGCUUUUUUCCAAGCAGUUCACAGAGCCUCUCCUUUUCCCAUGUGGAGAUUAAUCUCAGCGUUUAAAAAGGGAGCAUCUUGUACUGUUGACGGAUGGCACAAAUACAUUUGUAUGUCAGGUGGUGCAAAUAUGGCGAUGCAUCAGAAAGCAGCUUUUCUAAGGCCCUGUCUAAACAGUACAAUAAUCUUAAAGUGCCCUCUGUGUGGCUGUUGCGUGGAGCAGCGUACCAUAUGGACUCCUGACAUCCUAUUGGCAGUUGCAGGAGGAUGUAAUGGAGGCACAGCAAUGUGAAGGCAUGGGAAUUCUUCUUGCAAUAGGUGUGACUUGCAUGGCGAGCCACUGUGCGUCUCUGUGGAGACUGUAAAUGUAUAGAUAGGUCUACCUCAAGUCACACUGCAUGCACCACAAAACCUUUCGGCAUGUAUGUUCUGUAAUAGCAAGGCCUACGCAAUAUCACAGAUUGUUUCAGUUAACCACAGGCAAGGUUGUUGGGUGCCUUGUCAACUGCAUGUUUGCUUGCAGAUUACAGGGCCUGCUACUGGCUGCUGAAUGCUUGGAUAUAGCCCUCAGCUUUGUAAACUACAAAACAGCAUUGAAAUGUAAGAAUGCCUGAACACUAUACUUGAUGUCUAAAAGCAACCAACUUCAUGAAGUGCCUUUGACAUCUGUGUCUUGAUAAUGUGAUCUAGAAAGAAAUACAGACUCGUCCCCACCUCCAGAUGUUAAACAUUAAAAAUGUUUUGAGAACUUAAUUCUUAGCCCAUAAUCAUUUGCAAUAUUUUUACAUUAACAGCUAUCUUUCAUUAUCCCAGAACUUGCUUUGCGGUGUAUAUGUGUUGCGAAUCAAUUGUUAAGGGAAUGGGUUAAUGAAAUUAUAAAUGAUGUUUUUCACAUCCAUUUCUGUAAUAAUUGUACAACUCAUUAAAAAAGGUGUUCUGAUCAUUCAUGAUGUUUGCCCUUCAGAUAUUCUUAUUGAUAUUCCAUACACUCUGUUUCUCUCCUAAAACGUAUAACGAAAACACAGACACCAAACCAGGUUUCAAAAUGAGUUCCUUAGAAAUUAUAGGCAAAACAGCACAAAGGAUGACUCCUGUGCAAAAAGCAGGAAGGGUGGAGAAUAACAAAAUGGCCACAAGGUUAUUCUAACUUGUCAGGAUUGUGAGUUGAAUAUAUUAAUGAGGAAAGAAUGUCUUCCUCAAAAAUUCGCCGUUUUUCAUUCAAUGUCUUAAUACUGCACACAAAAUUGCAUUGAUAAAUAUGCAGCAGAAAAGUCACGAGCUGACAUCUGGGGCUGUCGUUCUCAAGGGUUUGGUAAAGUAAUAAAAUGGAUUAGCUUUCUGUUAAAAAAAAGGAAAGAUUUCCUGGUGAAACAUCUCCCAAAAUCAACCAUUUUGAGGACAACUGAUGCUUAGACACCCUGAUAAGUUAGGAUUUCAAAAUCUGAGCGUCUGAUUUGACAUUGUAAAACGAUUAGCUAUGUAAUCAACAGAUUGAUUCUACACAUAUAACCCCAAGACAGGUCUUGGUGAAUUUCAUAGUAAACACAGUUAUGCAUAUAUACCUGGGAGUAAGCCCCAUUCAACUACUGGGGUUUACUUCUGUGUUAAGGUGUCUAGCACUGUAGUACUGUGGACUAUUGUUCCAGGAAACGCAGCAUGUUUUAACUUUUAGAGACCGGCAGACACCCCUCUACCUGUGGCAUGUAUGUAGAAAUUCAAGGGACUGUGAGCAAGUUAGGCCACAUGGAAUCUAGCCACAUUCUAGGACUUUAACUUGAGGCUGUAACUCCAUCUAGGAUUUAUCGCUUGCCAUUCUUGUGGGGCUUCACUGCAUUGUAUAUGUGGUUCUGCCUUAUAAGAACUUCAGUAAUUGCAGUUGAGCAUGACAAACAUCACUGUUGCUAAUAAUGAAUUCAAGUGGUGAGUGUCAACAGAUGUGCAGCCAAAAUAGGGCCUCUGACAAACAAGAGGGAUGUUUCAGUAUGCUUGGCCCGGCUGGUGUAUGCAGAAGUAC